AUGUGCACGUAUUCCUAUCUUCAUCAUCAUCAUGUCUUACCAUGCGCUCGUCCAAUAGACUAUGUUGUACACUACGAGUUCUGCACAGACAGUGGAUCGAGUGCUGAUGGGAGGACUCAAUUCCCGUGCCAGAGGACUUUCUAUGAUCCUGUUCAUUCUAUCGACUUCGACAAUCCUUGUGCUACAGGAGGCUGCCUCAUCUCACCCGACUGCAGUUCAGGAAAUUGUCGACUCUGGGAGCUUAAUGGGCACUGGAUCUGUUGCAUAUGCAGCAGGGGUAACAAUUCACUCCGGUGGUGUCGGCAUAAGAUGAAAAAAAGUCCAGACACCUUCUGCUACCACCGAGUUUGCGAGACUUGUACUGAGGACACAGACACCUGA